AUGUCGAGAUGCGCAUCACGCAGCUGCAGUAGCUGCUCGUGUUCAUGCAGUCGAGAGACCUUCAAUCGAGGGAGCAGCUCGCUAUGGACCGGGGCGUCUUGCCGAUCUGUCUCAGAGCCGCCACGGCUGCUUACAUCGCGGCAAACCUCUGGCAGCUGCUGCUCGCUUUGUUGCGCCUCUGUCAGUGAGAACGCGAGGCGGGAAGAAUGCGCUGAACGCGCUCCCGCCCGGGAACCGGCGGGAGUGGCGCCAGAGUGUGUCGCGUUUCGGAGUUCCUCUAGUAUUCGUGCGAAAUGUUCAGCUGCCUCGCGUGGAUGGCGAGGCGACUCUACCCAGCGCAGCCACGUGCCCAGAAAACUCUCUCAGUCUUCAGACCCACCUUUGCGGAGGCUCACCGGAGGAAUAGCCUCGUGGGAUGACUGCGCGUCCUGCGGAGAACUCGGGGAGGCGCGCAAGCGCCCUCGCCCCGUGCCGAGACCCAGCUCCCGCCAGCAGCCCGCGAGCAGAGAGCAGCUGCGUGAUCAAGGCGGUUCGCAGACAAGGCGAACUGUGGCAGACCGUCUGCUGGAGAUAGACCGCGAAUAUCGAGCAAAAUUCGAGGCGAUCGAGUCGCUAAGCCGGAGAGGUAGCUGCAGCUGUUCCGGCGACGGCAGCUGCAGCUGCUGCAGUCAGAGUGGCUGCCAGUCAACAUGCAAGAGCUACUCAGCGAGUGAGCUCUCGGCGCUGGGACCAGACGCCGGGACACACAUGCUGCGCUACGAAAGGGAAUGUGAACAGCGGCACCGGAAGCAAGUUGAGCAAGAAGUGUCUCGAAUUCGCACCCUUGAGCUCAGCGCAAUACGCCUGGAGGAAAGCCAGAAGGCGCGGCAACAUCUCUUGUCCUACAAACAGGAGCUUGAUCGCCUGCAUGCAGAGCGCGUGACCCGCCUAAAGCUCCAAGAAGAGGCCGCGGCGGAGCGGUUGCGAAAAAAGGAGAACGAAAUUGAGAAGAAGGGCUACGCUCUGCGGCAAGAGAUCAGCGCCCAACUGCGGGCAACUCAGCAACAACAACGCGACCACAAGCGCCAGUGGGAAAUUGAGCAGCAUGCUCUCGAAGUGCGCGCGAAGGACCUAGACGCCCGCGAAGCAAGGAUCCUCGAGAAAGAGGAACGUCAGGGCGAGGCGGAGAAGCUUAACAAGCAGCAACUGCAGUUGAAGCUCGAGGCGCACAGGCGCUCUCUAGAGUUCCAGCUGCAGGACAGCACCGCCCAGCUUCACAGAGAGCGUCUUGCCCUCGAAAAAGACAAGCAGCAGGUCGAGCUUGCGCAGCAGCAGCAAAGCAAACUCGAGGCCCAAGCUAAGCUUCACGAAGCUGAAAAUGAGCACCUACGCAACACAAUCAAGCAGUUGGAGGCGACCGCCGACUGCGCAAAAAAAGAGAAGGAUCAGCUCCACGAACAGCUCCGGCUCGCGAACGAAGUCGCCCAGCGGCUGAACGGCAAGCUCGACAGCAGUGAGGCUGAGUUGCAGAGCUUACGACGCCAAAACGCCUCUCUUCAGCAGCAGCUUUCGAAAAAACAUGAGAGAGAACAGCGCUACCAACGCGUGCACUCCCGGGCCGUCGAGGAGCUCAGCAGCUGCAUCCGCAACAAUCGAGCAGCAUCCCAAGACAUGGAAAGGAAAGCGACCCUUCUUCAAGAGGAAUUCAAGCGCCUGCAAGGCGAGCGGGAGAAAAUUCUCGCGACCGCGCGUGAUGAAGCCCACAGAGCGACAGCGGAUCUCACUCGCAAGCUGCUGCAGGCCGAGCUGAUGGAAGAGCGCCAACUCCGGUGUGAGAAAGAGAGAGAAAUCCAAAAGGCGCACGCAGAGAUGGAGAGGCUGACCCACCUGAAACUGGAGUGGCAAGAGAAGGCCCAAAGACUGGAGGGCGCCGUCCAGGCCUGCAGCGAGCAGCGGCGGCAGCUUCUCGCCUCCCUUUCAGCGACGCUGCGAGCCAGUGCAGAGCUCGACGACGCCGAGGACGACGCUGAGAAGGAACGCACUGAACGAAGACGAGACGUGCUGUUUCAGCGCCAUCAGCGAGAGCUUAAGCAUUUCGAAUCUGCGCGCCGGUUUGGCCGCGGAGACCUGAAGCCCGACGACCAGCUGCCCGCUGAGCCGCGGCCUGAGAGAGAGCGCUGUGGAGCGCUUCCCAGACGCCCUCACAGAGAGACCGACCCUCGCACCACGCCCCCACUGGUGCGGACCUCCGACUGCCUCCAUUGUGGCAAAGAGACAGCAUUCGCCACAGCAUCUGGGGCGAUUAACUCGACGCCGCUUCCAGCGCAGGGCACGCCGAGGAGUGGCAGGCUGGGCGAUGCGCAUCUGAGCCUUCGGGGAAGCGUCGAGGAGGCGCCUGGCUCCCCGUGCCCCUCGAGCGUCUCUUUCGAAAACGCGGACACCUCACAGCACGCCUCGCCGAAACCUGCACACAUACCGGCUCCUCCACCCGACGGACGCCGCGCGCCCACGCCGACCAAGAUCGAUGACCUGGAGCAGCGCGUCAAAAGCUUCAUCGCCUCGCUGCAAACUGCAGACAAGCGGCCCCUCUGCGCCGCUGCCCAGGAGCAUAAGACGCGCUCAGCGAGCCCCGAGGAUCUCCCGGCGCUCGCGCUGCGGGGUGCCGAAAGCCCUCGAGGCCUUGGCGCCGCAGCUCUGUCGCAGUCGCCUGCCGCCGCGUCUCGUUCGCGCGCGUCCCUCCCGCCCCCCCGUGCUGCCGCGCAGAUCAAAGAUGCAGCAGCUCUCGCGACCCCCUCGCGCGUAGGCUCGCCGGUGUCCUGCAGCUGCCCAGAAAUCGCCUCAUUGCCAGCUCAGGGAGGAGCUUCUAAAGGCCUCAGCCCUGAUCGAGGUCUCGGCGGCGAUUCCACAGCGCAGGCGUUCUCCAGUGAGCGUCCUAUCGCUCUGGGUGCUUCCUGCGCUCUCCCCGACAGAGUGCCGAAAGCCCCGGCCGGGCGGAAAGAGCUCUGCCGAGACGGAGGACCUGAGGCAGCCCUCGAAGGACGAUGGUCGCCGCGUCUGCCUGACGCGGGCAGGCCAGACCCGGCGGCGCUUCCAGAUCAGACUUCGCUGGCGGAUGGCGGCCAAACUUAUGCGCAGACGCGUGGCUCUCCAAUCCUUCCGCGUCCUUGCUGUUCAUCGAGAUGCGGAGUCGGAGGGGGGACCUCGUUUCCCUUUUCGCAAAGAUCGUCUGGCGAGAUUACCGACACAGACAUCAGCGUCCUCCUGGCCACGUGCUCCAGCAGCUCUGCGAAUCCGACGGGCUUUCCGCCCUGCCGCCCCGGGGCCGUUUCGGCGCCUCCGCUGGCAUUCUCCCCACAGACGAGCCACGUGGUCUGGGCUCCACGCCGAUCAACGAAGCUCACGGGGGGCGAGAAGCUAGCCCCGCAUCGAUCCGCGCAGAGGCCGAGAAGCGCCACAGGUCUUCUGGAGGGUGAUGCACGACGACUGGAAAGGCGCCUGCAGCGCAGGAGCUCCUCUCCAACCUCUCCGAAGAGUCCACACACAAAGGAUACUGAGAGAGGUGCGGCAAAGAACGCGCGCAGCGGAAGUCCGUCAGCGAGGCCCCUCUUUGGCAGUCACGACGGCGGGAAUUCUGCACUCGAAGUCAUCCGCGGGGGUCUGGAGUUCGGCGACGAAAGCGGGGGUCCUGGCAAUGCCGCAAGCGCGUGGGGCGCUGGCCCGCGGGACAGGUCUGGGUUCACGCCGCGCCCAACUAUGGGGCCAUUCUCGAGAGACCAGGCGGUCCUGCUUGCUGCCCCGGCGGACGCCGACUCUGUCGACUUGGAGGAAGGCGAAGUAAUCGACGGAGAAGAGGCAGUGGGGCCCGAAAACCGAGAAAGUAGCAUCAUGUCAAACGCCACCAGUCUCCCAGGUCCUGCGUCUUCGCCGUGCCUCGAACGUCUCUACCGCUUCCCUCAGAAGGCGCAGGCCCGAGGUAAGCGUUCGCCGCCGUCGAGGCACCCUGCUCACGCUGUCGCCGUCGAUAUGCCGGUGUCUGCGGCCGCGGCAUCGCCCCAGCCAAGGGCGCCACCGCGGGGGACGGCGACGACGGCCGCUCCUCCCAGUCUGGCCACGCGCAUCGCCUCCGCACAGCGCUCCCGUAGUCCUUCUUUCUUCAUGUUCGGGCAGGCGAACGAAGCCCUGCGGCCGCUAGAAGCGCGGCGUGAGGCGCGACUCUCUCCGUCUCCCCGCCGGCUCGUCUGCUCUGGCGUUUGGCCCGUUCCUGCCGCCGCAUGGAAAGAGGGAGCGGCGAGAUCAGCGCACGCGCCCGUACCGGGCGAGACACUGGAGCCGCCCGCUCGCGAGGCAGUCGGAGACGCCUCGUGCCCCCCGAUUCGCAGCCUGGCCUCGGCUUCUGUCCCCCAACCAGACACGCCCCGUGCGGCGCCCUCACCCCGGCAGCCGCUCCUCGCUCGCACAGGCACGGAGGAGGAAGACGUCGCGUCUUCUCGCGGCGCAGCGCCGCAGCAUGGCCCGUCGGCGUGUGUUGAGGCUUCGCCUCUCUCUGCGCGGGCCGCUCCGACUUCACUAUCCCGCUUGGUGACAGACCAGCCCUGGGCUUCGUGGGGCCUGCCAGCCGUUGUGCAAACGGUUUCAGGCGGCCUAGACGCGCCUGCGCUAGGAACGCCGAGCACUGACCCGUUCGCAGAUCUCGCGAAGCCCGACGCAGACAUCUUCUUUCCAGCAGAAAACUGCGGAGGGCAGCCGCUGAUGGUGGAUCAAAGCGCUCUGCGCGGCGCCUGCGAAUUCGCCGAGCCCCUCGAGGCGACGCCGACCGCGCUGCGAGAGUCGCUCCCUGCCGGCCGCGAGUCCGGGGCUUCUGAGUGCGUGGAGCCGAUUCAGAAAUCCAUUUCUGCCAUGGCCCCUUUUUUCUCUGCGCAUGUCACGAGGAGCGCCUCUCACGAGAUGAACAUCCUGGAGGCCGCAGCACAUAAGGCUUCGUCCGAUCAACCGUCUGAGUGCUGUAGCGCCGACUUGCUGUCUCUCGCCCUCAGACAGGAGCGAACUCUGGCAGAGGGGCAGGUCGCCUCGGAGACCUUCGAGGGCGAUCAGCUGCUCGCUCCAGCUGAGAACUGCGAAGUGUCGCCGGCGCCGCCUUGUUUGCAUGCCGCGCGAGGCCGGCAACUUCUCGCUGCAGAGGAAACUGGGCGUGCGCCGGAGGCCUGCGGCGACCGGCGUUCACGCUGCCAAGCGAGAAGGCUCCCAGUGCGGCGCAGCGCCUCUGGCAGCCCUGCAAGCUCGCACGGCCGGCCCGCCGCGCUGCGGCGCAGCCCCGAAAUCCCCUCGAGCAGUCCAACCCUGCCGCCUCAGGGAAGGGACGUCGCUGACCUGCGAAGGAAGGACGAUGCGGAGACGUGCUUUUGGCAGCCUCUGAACCGUCCUCAGCGAAGCCUAGCCCCGCAUGCAGAAAUCAGAGGGGCCGACCGCGGAGACCCGCCGGAAGGGCCUGUGUGCCUCAUGGGGGAACCGGAUCGGAGUGCGUGGAUGAAUCAGAGUACGGCGAGGCUGCAGGCGAGUCACAGUCGACUGCCUUCGUCUCCCUCUGCAGUGGGAGCCCCUUCACCGCUUGGGUCCUUGUCGCUUCCUUCUCGCGCCUUUGUGCCACCUCAUUCCAGUUCGUUCCACGCUGCGAUCGACCCAGCUGUCUCCUCCGCUGCGUUCGUGGCUGCCGCCUCCGCCCGAAACGACUUCGUUGCUCAAUUGCCAGGGCCCCUGGCGUCUCCCUCUUGCUCGCGCGCCCAGCAUCCGAGAUCGCGGUCUCCUUCGCCACGGCCUCCCUCGCGCGCAGCUUCACGUCCCGCUGACUCUCCAGGGCUGCAUGCCUUCCAUCCUCUCCCUGCACAGCCGCUGUUGCGCGUCGCCUCACCCCGCCCACUGUCUCCUUCGCCGUCUCCCCGCCCCUGCCCCGCGCAAGAAACAGCUUGCGCGUCGAAAGCUGUUUCUUCUUCAGAAGCUGGUUCUUCGUUCUUUGGGUCCGCCGCGGCAGGCCCUUUUCCCGUGGCGCCGUCAGCCAGCGCGUGCUCGGCUUCGUCCUCGCAUUCGCCAGUGCCGCAGCUCGCUGGCGCAGGGGCACGAGCGCCCAGAGGCAAGAGUAAAAGCCCCGUGAGAGGCGAGCGACGGCGGCCACCGGCGUCUCCGCGCCGGGAUGAACCGGGCUCGCCGCCGCAGUGGCAUGUUCCAGAACUGGCCCCCGGGCCGCAGCCCCCCCACUACCCCACGGGUACCGCCGCACGCGCGCUGGCGGCUUGUGAGCGGCCGGGCGCCACCUGCAGCGUCUGUGUGCCGCUUGCAAGGUCCCCAGGGAGUCCCGCGGGCGUCGCGCCCUCCCCGCGAUGCAUUCCAGUGCCUCCGGUUGUACAGGGUUUGAAGCGCAUCACGGGGGACACGCCCCCUUCUCGCCGUGGCAGUCCGUCUCUCCCCCGCUCGCCCCCGGGGCCACUCCGAAUGGAAAUUGAAACCCUUCUCUCGCUUGGCGUACUCGGGACACCAGGUCUGACUAGCGGGCUCCCGGCUGCGGAGCUGUGUGGCAUCACAAGCCCCUUCUCGCCGGCGGAAGCCGUCACCUCCGCCGCCGCGGGAGGCGUGGGGCCCUUUAGUGAGAGCCCUUCGAUCGCACGUCCCUUUCUGCCGGAAGACGCCGUGGUGGAGUUGAGCGUUCCGCUCGCCGUUAGCUACACUGUUGCUGCUGAGAUGGCGGACAGAACCGAUCCAUGA